CAAAAUUUACGAUGUUCAUCUUGCCAAUAGUUGGAUAACUUUUUAUUAGAAUAAGCAGUUCAAACUCUUGAGGCACAGACAGCCAAAGAGUUAUUGUUUGCUAAAUAAAAUGGAACUUCAAACAUUCCUUCUGCUCCUAUUGCUGACUGUUCAGUACUCUUAUUGCGCUAACAACAAAUUGAAAAGUUGUCAGGCUAAGUUAAAAAGGCUACAAAAUGAUUACAAUGUACUGAAAGUCGCCGGACAAUGUACAUGCAAUUGUGAAGGCAUCAAAGGUCUUCCAGGGCCAACUGGACCCCAAGGACCACAAGGGCCUCCAGGACCAACAGGGCCUCAGUUGCCUACGACGUGUCCUCAUGAUUUUGUCCAAAAUUCUGAGUUUGGAAGUUGCUAUAAGUUAUUCACGGUGGAACCUUUCAGUUGGAUUGAUGCGCUCAGUCACUGCCAGUCAAUGGGAGCGAAUCUCGCUAUGAUCGAAUCAAACGAGGAACAAAAUUUCUUAAGGGAACAAAUACAGCAGAAAAAUAAUCUCGAAAAUUUCUGGAUUGGACUAAAUGAGCUCCAUGGUAACUGGAGUUGGUCUACCAUGCCUGGUCAGGAAAAUGAACCAUUGGGGAAGGACAGCUACCACAGUUGGAAUGUUGAUGAAGGACAGCCUGAAAACAAUGAUCAGAAUUGCGCCAAGAUGGCUGGAGGCACAAGUACAAGAAAUUAUAGAUGGCAUGAUGAUUUAUGCACGAGCAAAGAUAAGUACAUCUGUGAAAUAAAACUUAACAUAAAACAGAAGUAGGUUAAAAUCAUCAAACUUGGUUAGCCAUAUGAUUGAAACAAUUAAGUGUUAACCGAAAAAGGUGAUGGUGUAUCUAACAAAUUGGGACGUAAACAAGAAAAUGAAGCAAACUCCUCAUAGUGGAGAUCUCCAAGUCAAGAAGUUGCCCAGCUUAGGCCCUGAAACAUCAAUUGAUUAUCCCAGUUGUUUUAUGAUAACUGAUUCAUUAUUCAUUGAAACCAAAGAGCAAGGCACUGAACAAAACUAUAUGCUUGUUUGCUUUGUCGUUGGUUAGGUAACAUGCCUAUGAUGUCACAAAAGAUACAAAGAUACAUUAAACCAGUCAGUGAGGUCUAGAGUAUUUGUUUGUUUGGUUGUUAAUAUGGCUGAUUUAUGGCGCAAUAUAUGACCAAAAACUUUAUUGUGUUCAUUGUUAAAAGACCGAAAUUGCGUGGUCAUUUAUUUGCAAUAAAUCAUAAAAUCGAGGUCUUUGUUACGAUUCUAAUAUGAUAAUAAACAGAGAAGAAAAACAACUAUUUCCAUUUAUGAAUUUUAGAGGUCAUACAUACUCCAAUAUAGAUGAGUAAAUCAAUUGUUCUAGCUAUUGUGGCA